GUAAAUUUACUACAUCACUGACGCCAACUUUCCCCAAACAAACGUAAAAACAACCCGCCGUCUAUCUAGAAAUCGCAUUAUUUUGUUACUUUUAUAACAGCAAAAUAAAUUCAAUAACGUUUAAAAAAUGUGGCAGGCACAGCAAAUAGCUGCAAUCCAGCUUGCAAAUCAAUUGCUGUAUUCUAUGUCUGCGCCACCAGGCUACGCGUUGAACCAGCGACCGCCGCAUUUGGCUCAAUCUCCAAUUGAUGAUAAUGGUGGAGACACAGACGACGAGGAUGAUGAACAAUUACGCACACUUUAUGUUGGCAAUUUGGACGAUCGUGUAACUGAAGAAUUACUCUAUGAGAUUUUCUUACAAGCAGGACCACUCGAAACGAUACGCAUACCAAAGGAUAAUGGCGGACGCCAACGAAGUUUUGGAUUCGUGGUUUAUUCAAAUCGUUGUACCCCAUCGUAUGCUGUUAAAUUAUUUGCAGGUUUGACACUCUACAGGAAAACGUUAACCAUUAAGCUUCAAGUUGAUCCAAAUGCAUCCAGAAAUCGCCGCUCAUUGCCGACCGACUGUGAACGCUAUAUUACACGCCCCGGUGACAAUAGUAUGUUGCGCAGCACAAGUUAUCCAAGUUUCUAUGAUCCAGGUAUGAAUGACAAUGAUAUCUCAUCACAAUUUUCCAACCCCUUUCGGACAAACUCACCGGAUUGUACAAGAGCUACGACAAGUAGAAGUCGUGAAAGAGGUAGCAGCGAUCGCGAACGCGAUAUGGACUUUGUCAGGGACCGUAUGAACGUACAUUCAAAUACACGUUCCCGUCCGCAUCCGUACAGGCGUGAUGAACGUCGUCAGCAUGACGAAAGCCGUCGUCAACGUAGAUAACAAUUGGAAGGCGUUAGCGAUGGAGAAGUUGAUGCCUCGAACGAAGACUCAAUAUAAAGGCAAAGUUGAUAGACUUUAUUGAAGAUAAACGCCGAUCUUGACUUUAUAUGUAACUUGCAUCGGUGCAAAUAAUGUAAAUACUUUGGAAUUUUUAUUUUAUUGGGUCGCCGAAGCUUAUACGCAUUAGUAAACGCGCUAUUGUUUUUAACUACAGAAAUCUUUGCAGAUUUCUGCUCACAAACUCGUUAAAAUCUUUUUGUAUAAAUUUAAAAUACUUAUAAUUAAAAAAAAUCUUAACUGGAGUGUAGU